AUGGAGGUCUACAUCGACGAUAUACUAGUGAAGUCGGCAAAGAAAGAAGACCACAUCGACCAUCUGAAAGAAGCCUUCGAGAUAUUAAGAUGGUACGGGAUGAAGUUGAACCUAGAGAAAUGCACCUUCGGCAUGGCCUCGAGAAGAUUUUUGGGUUUCCUCGUAUCACAACGGGGUAUCGAGGUCAACCCGGACCAAAUCAAGGCAAUAGACGCAAUACCUGAGACUUUGAACAGCAAAAAGCACGUACAAAAGCUGACGGGGCGAAUAGCCGCCCUAUCCAGGUUCAUCUCGAGAUCCUACGAUAGGUGCCAUAAAUUUUUCAACGUACUGAGGAAAGAUCACGGGCUACAGUGGAACGAGGAAUGCAUUGAGGCCCUGAGAAAAUUAAAGGCAUAUUUAUCUUCACCACCGCUGCUAGUCAAAGCGAAUCCAAGCGAGCCUUUGCUAGUGUAUCUGGCGGUAUCCGAAGUCGUCGUCAGCGCAGUCCUGGUUCGCGAAAACAAAGGUAUAAAAUUAGCCGUCAAGUACGGGGCUCGACGACUUGUCCUCCAUUGCGACUCCCAACUCGUGAUGAACCAGAUCACCGGGACUUACCAAAUCAAGGAGCAGAGACUGCAAAAAUACCAAUCGAAAAUCCAUAAGCUAAUGCUUGAGUUCGACGAGUGCCGCCUUGAGCAAAUCCCUAGGGCGCAAAAUGUCGAAGCAGACGGCUUAGCGAAACUGGCCACAGCCACCAAAAAUAUCAACAAAGGGAGUGUAGUCACCCUCCUCUAUUCGGCUAUAGACCACGCUGAGAUAAGCCUAAGGAUGUCAAAUUCUCAGUCUACUCACUUGAACGUGGACGUUGAGUCAGGCUAUCACAGUGAGAACAAUAACGUGAUACCUAGCAAUGACGUGCCCCCAGUUGAUCCCAAUAGUGUCCUAGCAGUCGACCCGAUUGAUGCUAACUCACAGGUUGACAUCAACAUCAAUCUACCGACUGAUACGGAAGAUAGCAUUUGCGCGGGGCCCCGACUAGUGGCUCGACAGGCAUCCGAAUGUGAAGGUGAUAUGGUGAGCUGGCGGUUGAUUUUGGAAAUGUUGUAG